AUGAGUAGAACUCAAAGUUGUCAAAUGGUGCAAAGUAAUAAAUUAUUGGAACUAUUGAAAAAAAAGAAGAAAGCAGAGUCGCAAAACCCAAGUCUGAGUCCGAGGCAGCAAUUAUCACCUCCGAGAUUAGGCAGACUUAAAUCUCCAAAAUUAUUGGAUGUUCAGAAAAUUGUAUCAGCUGCAGUGAAACUGAAAGGGGUUUCCCACAUCAGAACCCUAAAUAGUGAUAGGGACAAUUAUGAACUUAUAAUUACACUGAUAACGUAGGAUAAACAGUAUACAUUGAUGUAACAUAGGUACAUCGUUCCGAUUGGUCUCGAUCAAACCACGACGGACUUGUAUUAGAAAUUGAUAACGAAGAUGAGUGUGCAGGAUCCAUAGAAUUAUGAAAAGAUAGCAUAUUUUUAAAGCUACACCCAAAACUACAAUGUGGAUUACUAUUUGUCGUUGGAUGAUAAGCCAUUGUCGGUGUUCAGCAAGGGGAGGACUCUGAAAUUGAUUCCAAUCUACUAUGGCGAAAGUAAAAGCAAUUCUUUUGAUGAUUUCACAUUGAUAAAAUGUAUUGGCGUAGGAGGCUUUUCGAGAGUGUAUUUGGUAAGGCAGAAAAGGAAUGGACAAUUCUUUGCAAUGAAAAUUAUCGACAAAUCUUUCAUAAUAAAGAACAAUAAGGAGAGUAUGAUAAAUAAUGAGAAGUGGAUAAUGAGUAAUCUGGAUAGUCAAUUCCUGACUAGGUUGCAUUGUUCAUUUGAAACUAAAUACUAUUUGGUUUUUGUGAUGGAUUACUGUCAUGGAGGUGAAUUGUUCUUUCAUCUUAGGAAAAUGGGGACUUUGAGCGAAGAAGUUGCAAAACAAUACUUUGGACAAUUAUGUCUAGCAAUCCACUAUCUCCAUGAAUAGAAUGUGAUCUAUAGGGAUUUGAAGCCAGAAAAUAUCUUACUGGAUAUAGAUGGCUAUAUUAAAUUGUCUGACUUCGGUCUCUCUAAACCCAACAUUUCCAGAGACAAGCAAACCUACUCCUUUUGUGGCUCUCCUGAAUACAUGUCACCAGAGAUGGUAUCCAAAAGAGGACAUAACCAAUUGUUAGACUGUUAUAGUUUAGGGGCUGUAUUGUAUGAGUUCAUAUAUGGAUAUCCCCCAUAUUACGAUUAGUAAUUGCAAAACAUCCUGAAUUCCAUUCAAUACGAUAAGUUGGAGUUCCCUGAGCAUAUAAAAAUUAGUGAUCAACUCAAAAACCUCUUGCUUAAUUUGUUGACCAAGGAUUAGAAUGAGAGACUGGGGAGAAUGAAUGGAAUUGAGGAUGUGCUCAAUCAUAAAUGGCUCAGCAAUUUCAAUUACACUGCACUCUACAAAAAAUAGCUCAAUAUUCAAUAUAAACCUUAGCCACUUCAAACGAAUUAUAAUGUGGCUGAAUUCAGUAAGGGCGAUAGGGAAUUUCAGUAAAAGCUGCAAGACAAUUUGUAUAGGGAGUAAAAGACCAAAUUCGAUAAAGAAUUUCAAAAUUUCGAUUUUGUUUCAGAUUAGCCAAAAUCUAAGAGGGAGCAAUUCGUUGAGAAGAUCAAGUAUGCUAGUUUGAGGUCUUCGAUUCGAACUAGUAUCAUAAGGAACAAGAUCACUACUCUGUCUUUGAAUGGUAAUGAUUUGUGUAGGAUUAGAGUAGCUCCACAAUUGAGUGCGGUAGGUCCAAGAUUUUAGUCAGUAAAGAAUUCCCAGAUUUCAUAAUGUGGUUCCACUCAAUCUUUCCGCAAUUCUUCAUCCAGUAAGAGAUUCAACACUGAGUACGAUCUUUAGAAACUACUUAAAUUUAAAUAAUGA